UUCUUUACUUCCCAGCAUGCACCAGGAGUGCCUCGGAUCCUCGUUGGUAACCGGCUGCAUCUGGCCUUCAAACGGCAAGUUCCCACGGAGCAGGCGCGGGCGUACGCCGAGAAGAACGGCAUGACCUUCUUCGAGGUGAGCCCGCUGUGCAACUUCAACGUCAUCGAGUCGUUCACGGAGCUGUCGCGCAUCGUGCUCAUGAGGCACGGCAUGGAGAAGUUCUGGAAGCCCAACAGAGUGUUCAGCCUGCAGGACCUGUGCUGCAGAGCCAUCGUGUCGUGCACGCCGGUCCACCUCAUCGACAAGCUGCCUCUGCCCGUCGCCAUCAAGUCGCACCUCAAGUCCUUCUCCAUGGCCAACGGCAUGAACGCCGUCAUGAUGCAUGGACGCUCCUACUCCCUGGCCAACCCCGCCGGCGGCUCCAAGGGAAACAGCCUGAAGCGCUCCAAGUCCAUCCGUCCGCCUCAGAGCCCGCCGCAGAACUGCACCCGCAACAACUGCAAAAUCUCCUAGUAAACGAUCAGGAGGCGGUUGUUCAGGAUGUUAGAGGAAAAGAGCACAUCCCUAAACCUGAAGAGCUGAAGAGCAAGAAUGAUGGAUAAAGGGAUGGCUUCCUGCUCUCUUAAAGAGCCUUUCCAGAGGAGAAGCCCCUCCGGAUAUCAGAGGAGAGCAUGGAAAAACAUCUGGGUCUCCACAGACCGGACCCCCACGAGAGUCACUGCUGGCGUUUUUAACUACCUGUACAGAACUCUCUCACAAACGUAUUUAGUUCCUGGACAUGAUGCACGCCUCAUUGUGUGUGUGCAUCAUAGAGAUCACCUCAACAUUCUUCACUUGUAUGUCUCACAUUACCCUCUUUCUUCUGCUUAGAAGUCCACACCCAGUUUAUUUGCUGUUUUAAUGACCAAUAAGCUAAUGAUCAAGACACUAGUAACCAGUCAGUCAUUUCAUUGAUCAUUGUUUCUCCUCAGCUGGCUAUAACGGUUCUGUUUGAAAACUCACGGGCGAAUUCACAAAGAAUGGAUUGUGGCUGCUGAUGGCAAAGUCCCUCACUAAAGAUAACACGGCGCUAAUAUGAUCACAGCACACCACCAAUGUUUUGCACUUCAGUGCAUUUAGCUAUUUGUGACAUGGAUACAAGGCAGAAAGAACAUUUUAAAAAUACAUUUCCAGGCCGUGGGCUGCAGCUCCUGAAACACAAGAUGCAGUCAUUUUUUCAGAAGCUUCAUGCAAGGAAUGUCAAUGUGACAAAGAGAAAGCGUGUCAGGAUUUAACCACCAACUCUCUGAAGUUAUCAUUUCACUGAAACGGCUUGUGCGAUGAUCUUUGUGGACUCUUUUGGCAGGCCUACGAAAAGGCCAGUUUUGUGCCAAGGUUCUGCACAUGACCACAUUUAAAUAUGUUCAAAUAGCACAGCAGCACAUUCAAACCACUGCGAAAGGGUUAACAAGGACAUCUUUCUCUUUGUCUUAUAUGAGCCGCAGAAGUCGUGCAAUCCUUUUUGUGAAUUCACCUCGUUUUGCCUCGGAGGUUAAAACUCUCUCUAAAGGGAAAUCUUGGCGACAACCUGAGUGAGGGUUUAACAGCCGGUGUCUUCAGGACCACCUUUAAAAUCGUUUAAAAGACGCAGCCUGAUCCGGAUCUCAGGUCCGGACAUGCUGGUGUGCAGGAGUCCAUUUCUGAAUAUUCCCAUAGAGAUGUCAAUAUAAACACAAACUGCAUUCGUGAUGAGUCCGUUCACCUGCAACAAACUGGGCUUAAAGGAAGAAGAAAAAACACCAAAUUCCCCGUUUCUCUCAUUAGAGUUUAUUUUCAUGUUUUAUUGUUUACACAACCACUUUCCGCGGCAAGGGAUCCAGCGAUGCUUGUUGCCAUAGAUACCACUCAAUACUUUUUUUGUGAAAUAUAUAUUUUUUAACUCGCAUCCACUUGGAAGAAAAACAGUAGUUGAUCGCAGGAUGUUGCGGUUCAUUUUAUAUUUCUCAUAUGUGUUGAUAAAUCCCAUUACAGCAAAUAGCGGGGGUAUGGGGGGAGAAUAUCACUUUAAUUCUCCUGUUCUCUGCACUGUGUAGAAUUUCCCCCAUCCCUCCCAGCCGUGUUUUCCAUACAUUGAUUGGUGGAGCGAGAGGAAGUGCAGAUAUCUGGGGAGGGGGGGUGUAGCUGCUAAGCAUGGUGUCGGGGAGAGUGGAAUGUCUGCAGUGUGUACAGUAAACAGCGCCUGUGUUUACCACUCUUCUCUGAAUGUCACUCAGUCCCCUUCAGCCUCGUCUGCUGCAGUAUCUCCCUAUACGGCUAAACGGCUGCUUUAGUGAUCAACAUAGUGUUAAAUACUUUAUGAAGAGAAAGCAGUGUAAAGUAGAAUUCAUAAUAAAAGCUUCCAUUAGGUUAACAUUUGUUCCAGAAGAUAAAUAGUUUCAAAUAUUUUCAGACAAACCGGAGGAAAAGGGCAUACGAUGGGGACUAUUUUCAGUGGCAUUCAGGACCAGUGGGAAACGGCAGAUACGAGUUGUCAACAUUGUUCAACAGCGAGAAAACAUUGGCUCUGAUUUGUAGGGUUAACGGUGUUGGACACACGGGUUCUUCCGAGUCCCUGAUAUUUAAUCUCACGGGAAUGAAAGCAGCAUUUCUUCUUCUUCUUCUUCUUCUUCUUCUUCUUCUUCUUCUUCUUCUUCUUCUUCUUCCCUGCCUCUGAUGUACACCUCGCCUCUGCAUGCUGUCCCAUGAUUCAUAGUUGCUGAAUAAUAGAUGCUCUUUUUGUAGAUCUCUGGAGGGCUUCAUCAGUCCGUCUCUUUCAUCCUCCUCUCAGCUCUACCUCGUUUUCUCGAUAACACAAAGAGUGAGCUGCUGCUGCUGCAUACACUUUCCCCUCAGGUGUUCAGUGUUUUUUCUACGGAGGCCAUGGACAGAAAACACAUGGACAGAAAACACAUAUAUAUAUAUAUAUAU